AUGGCCUGCAGGUCUCUGCAGCCGCUUGACUCUCUACAUCCUCCCGCCUCCAGGACAGAUCCAGGCAGGCAGACCCAGACCUGCCCAGCCAGGAUCAAGAGGCGCCAUGAAGUGCGCAAGGACACCACGGCUGACAGGAGGCCAGCCAAGAAGAAGAGGAAGGCCACCUCUGAGCGAAGCCUGGAGGCCGACGCAAAGAGCCUGAAGGGACAGAGCCCGGAGCCUCGAGCAGAGUCAGCAGAGGGAGUUCAGACACUUUCCUCCAGCAGCAGCUCUGCCUCGCUCUGCUCGGCCCACGGCGGCUGGACCAUCAGCGCCGCUGAUUUUCUCGCCAUAUACCAGCCGGUGGAGCUUCUUGGUGAAGGAGGCUAUGGAUCAGUUUAUGCCGGCUACCGCAUUGAGGACCAUUUGCCUGUCGCUAUCAAACAAAUUGAAGAAGACGACGUGAUCUGUACGCCGAAGGUGAUCGAUGGGAAGCUCUGCCAGUUCCCCCUGGAGGUGGAGCUGCUUCUGAAGGCGGGAGCAGGAGCGGGGCCAUCGGGCAGCAGCGCCGCAGUGAUGCUGCUCGACUGGUUCUUCAUGGAGGACAAACUGGUCCUGGUCAUGGAGAGGCCAGAUCCCUCCACUGACCUGGAGAACUACCUCGCCGACCAAGGAGGCGCCCUGCACGAGGACGAGGCCAAGAUUCUCAUGAGGCAGCUUGUGGACGCUGCCAUAGAGAUUCACGCCAGGGGAGUUUUCCAUCGUGACCUGAAGCCUCAGAACAUCCUGGUGGAGACGGAGUCGCUGCUCCCGCGGGUCCGCCUCAUUGAUUUCGGCUGUGGCGACAGCUUCCAUGAGGGAUCCUACAGCGAGGACCGAGGAACCUUCUUCUACACUCCACCAGAGAUGUUCAGGUGGAGGUGCUACAGUGCUGGUCCCACCACGGUGUGGCAGCUGGGGGUGGUGCUGUACGAGAUGCUGACCUCGUCCAUCCCCUUUGCCACCGAAUACAAAAUUGUCCACAGCGACCUUGACAGCAUUGAUGAGCUGUCCCAAGACUGCCAGGACUUUUUGAGGCAGUGUCUGGCCAAGUCCCCCGAGCGCCGUCUCACCCUGGAGCAGAUGAGGCUCCACCCCUGGAUGUGCUGA